GAGAGAGCAGAAACCACACAAAAACUCCCCCAAUUAACCAAGAGAUCCUCAUCAAGAUCAUGACUGGCUCUGGUUCUCCUUGUGGAGCCUGCAAGUUCUUGAGAAGAAAAUGUGUGAGGGGUUGUAUUUUUGCACCUUAUUUCUGCCAUGAAAAUGGCGCUACCCAUUUUGCUGCCAUCCAUAAGGUUUUCGGCGCAAGCAAUGUGUCGAAGCUGCUGGCUCACCUUCCGGUGAGUGAUCGUUGUGAAGCUGCAGUGACUAUCUCAUAUGAAGCUCAGGCCAGGCUCCAAGAUCCCAUUUAUGGCUGUGUUUCACAUAUUUUUGCUCUCCAACAACAGGUUGUCAACCUCCAGGCACAAUUAGCUUCCCUCAAGGAUCAAGCACCUCAAAGCUUUGUGAAUGGCUCUGCAGCUGUAGCAAACCCUAACGAGAAUUGGUUUCCUGAUUUAGAGAAUUCAUCUAACUCAGUGGCCCAAGUCAAUUCAAAUUACCAUAUCAAUAAUGGUGGAACAACAUCAUACUAUGAGAACGGAAUUAUGAGUUCAAACUCCAUUGGGAGUAGUAAUUAUGAUCAAAACUCAGGAAUCCGGGAUGAAAAUGCAUCCUAUGGAAGCUUUGAAGAGGUGUCUCCUUCCCUGUCUUCUUUCAACAUGCAAAUGAAUAACAGGCAAUAUUGGGUUAAUUAUGAUCGGGACGUGGAUGAGCUUCAAUCUAUGACUUUCAGCUAUGUUGAUCAGCAUUCUUGAGGUGAAAGGGCUCAGUGCAAGAAUAGAGUUCAUCGGUUGAAAUUUUCACUAUGUCAGUUUUAAAACAUGCACUUCAGUUUAUUUUUUUUCCUGUAGUACUUAUAUGAGCUAGCUAGCUAGGUGAGUAUGAACCCUAGAAAUGUUAAUACAAUUGGCCCGAUCUAAACCCUACUGCUUCUUUCAUAUUUAAUCUAGUACUGUGUUGAUUUUUUAUAUACUAAAUAAUAGUGGAUUUCUGAAAAUAAAAAACUGGAUGUACAUAU